AUGGAGAGCCAAGACAGCAUUGAUUUCGCGAAGAUACAACGCGACGCGUUGGGGCUAGUAUGUAACGACCCUGCAGGGCUCCUCACACCUCAUUGGGCUAAUUCCAGCAUUCAGCACGAUCCAUUUCAGCCGAAUAUUUCGCAGUCUAUCAAGUCAAACACCCUCCGUCCCACACACGAAAUCAACGACAUCUCCAUAUUCAACGGCCAACCUCCGAAACCUUCACUCGGCCGCCCGAACAGAAGUUGUCACCCUCUAUUUCGACCCCGGCAGCAUGCAGCACACAUGAUGAUGAAUAAUGAUGAAAAUGAAGCGGCGACUGCCCCGGAUUCGCAAUUCGCCAAUAUGAGCUCCGCAGAAGCUACCCCGGGGGACACCCAGGUCGUCUCACAGUCAGUGUACGACAGCAUAAUCCGACAAAAUGAGGAUUCGAUGCGAGACGACUAUUCGCAGACAGGAGCCGAUGGAGCCACUCUGAGGACAUUGCAUGAGGGUGAUAGCGGUCACAUCGAUCUCCUCGCGGAGCUGGAAACGCACCGUGAAACGGCCUUUUCCCAAGACGAUAACGACAUUGCAAGCACGUCUGAGCCGAACCAAUCUUCGCCAAUGGCUUUUGCACCCAAUCUAUUCCCUGAGUCGCAACGAUUUCUUGCCGAAACGCCUGCGACGGCGGUUAAAAGAAAUGACAUGGAGGGUGUGACGACCGAGACCCCGACCGUCUCACGAAAUCCGUUGGCUGAUGACAUUGAAUCGAGCGGUGGCAUUCUCCGCCUGAGUCAGUUAUUUGGAGCCACGCAGGCUCCAUCGUCUCCUCUUGUCCAUGGUCUACAUCCCGAGCUAGUAUCUGAUCGCCCUUCGCCCAAUAUCCCGAUCCAACGGGCCCGCUUCACCAAUGGUAUAUCGUCGCCAAUGGUGGGUCUGCCCGGCCAUUUCAUGAGAGAUUCUUCAGAGCCAAAUUUGAAUUAUAUUUCCAUGAAGGAGUCGCAGACGAACCGUGACCGUACGCUGGACGAGAGGAUGGUUCGAUCAGCCGACAACAUCCUGUCCGAUCAGAGUGACAAGGAAUUCUAUAAAGAAUCCAGCUUUGUAGAACGUGCACGGCGCCAGCGGGAAAUUGACGCGGAAAGCGCAGCCCAGUUCAAUGGCCUGAGUGCCCCUGCCCGAUCUACAUCGGCGAGGCAACAGACAUCCCCUGAGCCACCCACUGUUGAAGACCAGGUUAUGGCUGAGAUUGUCGCCAGUGAGGAGGAAACCGAACAAGAGGAGGAUUCCGUUAUGCAAGUACCGAAGUCGCAAGACGCCCCGCAAUCUUCAAUGGAAGAAGACAAAGAGAAUUUCGAUGGCCCUUUGGAUGCGGCCGCCACUACUAGUGCCCAUGACCGGCUAUCCCAGAUGCUUGGGUAUGAUGCCAACAUUUCUCCGUCCCGUGGCGGGUUUGAUCCAGAAAAUGGUGAAGGUGUGGGUUGUGAAGGCUCUCUGGUCUCACAUACCAGUGGACAGCCGAAUGGAAUUGUGCGUUCUUCCCAAAUAAUGGUAAAAGACUCCCAGCCAUCGCCUGAAUCAUCACCCAAACGCAUCGACCGCGAACACCGGGAAAGUAUCCUCAAAUCGCCCACACCAUCUCAUUCUCGUGCGCGUCUCUCACCCCGAGAACGCCUCCGAUCCUCGCCUCCGCUUUCUCGACCAACAUCAAGACAUUCAAACAGCAACCAUAAAAUCCAGAAAACGAAUGGCUCAGUAACACUUGAACAUGUUGUGGAGCCUGAAGCGACUGUACCGUUCGACGAAAACGUACAAAUGAACACCAGCAACACACCAGAUGAGCAAGCUAUAGACUCGUCACGAUCGGAAGCGGAAGCAGGGACGAGAGGAGCCUCUUCAUCCAUGCCAAUCCAUGCAACACAGACCCCUGUUCAUCGAAGCUUGAAGAAUGUUGGUGACUUGGCUCGACUGACCAGUAUCCCGGAAACAAGUCCCACUCAUUCCCAGUGCAAUUCCGAAGCUGGAUAUAAUGUGGAAGGUGUGAAUAACGAAGACGACGACCUUCCACCGAUGUUCAAUGGAGUUCCAACCACCGGUCGGAACAACCAUAACCGUCCCACUGGGGCAAGGGCACUCUCUUCGCCUCUCAAGAAGCUACUGUCAAGUCCGGGAGGAGGUCAACGCAGAGCUCUGACGGAGAUUGCCGCUGAUCUCUCUCCGCAGGUCGGAGCUGGAGGCUUCGAUCUGGGAAUCGAGAUGUUCACGACCGGGGAUCCAGAAAUCAGAGCAUUGAUGGAAGGAUCGCCAACUCGCCCAAAGAAGAGGCGUCGCGGCAAUAAUAGCUCAAGUUAUAUUGCCUCUGAUCCCAUCAUACCCAUCACUCCUCGCCCACACCCGCCCAAAUCUGUUGCACCUACCAAUUCGUCUCAAUCUCGGUCGGCCGCUAUCCCCGAAGAGCCAACCCGUGCUUCUUUUGUGCAAGUCCCAGAAACGGAAACCCGGCGGCAACCGAAACCCCAAAGACGAGCUAAUGAUAAUAUCUGGGAAGUCGAAUGCUCACCUGAGCAAGCCCCGCGACGAAAGUCGAGGAUUGGCAAAAAGGCUGUAUCACGCUCCAUGCAAGAAAAACAUGUGCCCACCAAAAGCUCUGGACUUGUGGAGAAAGCAGCACCUUCAUCCAAGCUUGUAAUUUCUAGCGAACCGAGUCACCGCCCACCGUCAUAUUCCUCAUCAGACCUGACAGAAGUAUCGUCCAUAAUUGCAUCCGAUGACAUCGUUGAUACAGAAACAAACUCCGUUCAAGACUCACCCACCACACCUCGGAAGUCUCGUACAUCAUCAGAAGAUUCCUCUCAGAUCGCACCAAGCCAAGUACUUGCAGUAUGGAUGGGCCACAAGCGUGCAUACUACCCUGCAACUUGCUUUGGGACGCCACUGGGAGUAUCGCAGACUAAAUAUUCAGUCAAGUUUGAAGACAGUUUGCCUCUCGAAGUGACUAAAGGUGCUGUCAAAAGGUUUGAGCUUCAAAUCGGAGACGGGGUCAAAAUCGAUAUGCCCAAUGUUCCCAAAGUCACACAUAUUGUGCGUGGAUUCGAUGACAAAUUUACAAGAGAGGACCUGGCGAAAGCAGUUGAUGAUGGCCUCCAUCCUAUCACCGACAUUUACGGGCACUCUACCGUCAUAGUCGGACCAAAACAACGUAAAAGCCUCCCAAAUGGCGGGUUGAACAGGGGUGAAAAUGUGAUCAAGGUUCCCAUUGCCCGUGUUUAUCUUGAUACGAUCCUGUGGAAUCAACUCAAAGACCGGGCCUUCACAUAUCGCCCAACCCCUGUUCUACAGGAGAACACAGUGCAUACCCCGUCCGAGAAGUCUGUACCUGCAUCCCCUAGCUCUCGCCUAUCGCGCAGCAUAUACCAAGGCAGCGGUAUCUUUGCAGGAAUGGCAUUUGCGGUUUCUUACAAGGACGAUGAAACGUCCAAGAACCGCAUCACGAGACUCAUCAUGGAAAAUGGGGGUACUGUAUUACACGAUGGCUUUACCGAGCUUUUCGAAGCCGCAUCCAUCGUUCCUACCGACACCCCCACGAAGUCAACAGGCAAGGAAGCUUCCAACAGCAAAGGACUCCGACUCACAACCCUCGCGGAAGAUGUUGGUUUCGCGUGUCUUAUUGCAGACACCCACUCCCGCCGUGAGAAAUACAUGCAAGCGCUCGCACUAAACAUUCCUUGCCUCUCCGGUCGCUGGGUCGAAGACUGUAUUUCAAAAAGCCGUGUCGUGGACUGGGAUAUCUACCUCCUCCCAGCAGGCGACUCAAUGUACCUAAACGGCGCAACGAAAUCACGACUCAUGCUCCCAACACCACCUACUACAGCACGUCUACCCGAGACUAUCUCUGCCCGCCCCAAAUUGCUGGCCGGUCAUUCUGUUCUCCUCGUCAUGGGCCGCGGCAAAGCAGAGGAGAAGCGCAAAGCAUACAUCUUCCUCACCUAUGCUCUGGGCGCAUCACGCGUAGACAGGGUUCCGGAUCUGUCUACCGCGAGGGCAUUGAUCGACUCGCAGGCCGAGGCUGGCUUGCCUUCCUGGGAUUGGAUCCAUGUUGAUGAUGCCGACCAGGCUGCUGCGAGGUCUAUGCUUGCACCAAGGACGCAGAGAAUUCAUCUGUUCCAUGGAAAGAAGAGAAAGAAAUCUAUCGCUUCGUCGACUCCUGUGUCAGAGACGAAUUGUACUACACGGGUUGUGGGCAAUGAAUUCGUUUGCCAAAGUCUGAUUCUGGGGCGCUUAUUUGAGUGA